UUGAAUUUUUCGUUUUGCUAUAGUUCAUUCGUAAAGCAAAGAAAACAUGUCCAGCACUGAGCACAUCGAAGAGAAGCUGAGAUCCUCUCAGGAACUCGGCGAUAUCACACACUUGGAAGUUGUGGACAUGUCAGAUGGAUGUGGUGCCAAGUUUCAGACCGUCAUUGUCUCCUCCAAGUUUGAGGGGCUUCCCCUUCUUCAGAGACACAGGCUUGUAAAUAAAGUUUUAGAAGAAGAAUUAAAGGUCAUCCACGCAUUCCAGAUGAAAACCUUAACUCCAGAGCAGUGGGAGAAAACAAAGGCCUCUUGAUAGCGCUGUAGUGUAGUGAUAUUACAGGACUAUUUACUGCAACUGACAGCUGUCAGUUGUCCACAACAUCAUCUCUUCUGUCAGAACGUUGGACUGAGAUUGUGAUCAGUAUAAAUAGGGAUGAUCGGUUAGGACUCAUGUUCUAACAGGUUUUAUACAUGUUAAUUUAUCAUUAGUCUUAAAUUUACAGAAUAUGGUACAUUGUACAUGUUUUUGUACUUGUUGUUAUAAAACCUUUUGUGUACAACUAAUUUUACUUUAAUGAAGAUUUUGUCAUGAAAGGAUGUUGAAUGUCUAAAAUCGAAUUGAUAUCACAGUUUCUGUUAUGUAGGGUAGAACAUCCGAUAUCUGUCUGAAUAUUGAUAAUUAAUAUAUCACAAUUUUCUUUGUCCAUGGUCCAUGUGGACAAUGAAAAUUUUGAUUUAUAUACAUGUAUAUUAUAUGAUAUUACUUAAUACUUAUUUAAAAAAUAUUUCUCUUGACAAUACAUUACUGUAACAGCUAUAUAUAUGCAGAAUCUGUUAAGAAAACUUUUUGUUUACUGAAUCAAGUCCUGCUUUAGCAGAUCUAGUUUUUUGCAAUACUUGAUACUCAAUAAAUCCCAUUAUUUUCUA